AUGGAAUUCAUAGCCGCAUGGCCAGCAACAACAUUUUCAGCUGUUCUAGUAGCAUCAGAGGUUGUCCAGGUGCAGAUGCCCCCUCUUUCAACGUAUGUUGAGUUUGCCAGCCUGGUUGUUGGGUCCAUUGCAGUGGCUCUUGCAGUGAAGCCAGUACGUCGCUGGAAAGCAGAGGCUUUUCGGACUGCAUGGCUGCUGUUUCUAUUUCUGUGUUCAAGCGCUUCUCUCCUACAUGGUUGGUACAACUCUAUGCAGGAGAGAUACUACGCACAGGACUGCUAUAUUCAGGGGAUGCAGGGGUGUAGGUAUCCGCGGUACACAUGGUUGGACAUGCUCUACGAGCUGCUGUUCCGCGAGCAAUGUAUGCUUCUGCUGAUGGCGGAUGCUGGUACAUUUGCGAACCUGGAUAAGGAAUGUUACAGUGUUUUCCGCGAAAGAUUGAAGAUGUGUGCGAAGGUGGCUGCCCAGUGCUUGAUUUUGGCAAUCGGCUUGGGCGCGAUCAUUGUUGCUGACUCGAGACCUUUAGGAAAACAACUUCCAGACGAGGCUACGAUGCUGGCAGAGGCACGCGCUGAAGAGAUGACCAAAACAAGUGGUGCCUAUGAUCGCCUUGAGCAUAGGUGUCUAGCAGAGCUGAAGGAUCGAUGA